CUGCAGGUGAUAAAAUUUGUAUGACGGAAAACAGUGCGUCUAUCGAUACAGCCUUUACGGGGGAAAUAUGUAUAAUAUUAGAAAAUAUUAAAAAAAAAAAAAAAACGAAAGCAAUUGAUAAAUCUUGCGGAUUUCAUUUAACAAAAUCAAAGUAGGAUUGUUAUCCGUGGCUAAGCUAUAUCGAAACCGGGUAUCUUGACGAUCAUGCUGGACUUAGUUGGUGAUUGUUUAAUUACUAUCGAUGGAAAGGAUGUAAUAGGACUAAAAAUAAUACAAAUAACGGCUUUAAUCCACUAUUAUGAAGGAUGUGAUUUAAAAUAAUUUAUCUGGAGAUACAUUAACAAAGGUGAAAAAAAAUAAGUCAUAGUUGUCAAAGCAGCACUGCCAGCAGUGGCCUUCAAACUUGCAAAUGCAAUAAUUGGAGUGAUGUGUAUACUCCGAUAAUAGACAUUUCCUUUAUUAUUAAAGAAUUGCUCUUUAAAUGUUUCUAGAUAUACGUUACGAUAUUUUAGAAAAAUAACUACUACAUCUAUUUAAACCCGGGUUCUAGAAUGCCCAUUUUGUCCGGAAAGCUCAAUGCCACCAAUUCCUCAGUGUGUUCAUGGUGAUAUCAUUUGUAUUGGAUGUAGAUCGAAAACACGUCAAAUUGGACGUUAAUUCGUCAAACACGAGAAAACGUCUGCUCCGAUAUUAUAUGAUAAUCUAUGAUUUAUUUAUUAUCCAAUAACACAAAUAGUUAUUAACUAAUGCCAGUAAACGUUAAUUUAAUUGAAGUUUAUGGUAUUAAAAAACGUGCGAUUUAUAUCUUCGAAUUAUAUGUUUUAUGUAUCGAAAGUAAAUUCGAAACUUGAGAGUGAUCACAUUUAUUCUUGAUUAAUAAUUUUGACAUUAAAUCGAUAAAUGUCUUAAAUAAACUUUGUUCAUUGCCACGACCGCGUUGCUGUAUAGUUAAAUUAGUCGCGGUAACUUUUACCUUACUGUAGUACAAGGUAUUUACGCUAGAGUGAGCCACAGAUCUAUGCUGGUUCACAAUUUUCAUGUACCGGUCAUCCAUGUUUUUCAGAUUUGUAAGUAGGUCAUAAUUCUUGAUGUUUUUUUUUCGAUUCUUUCGCAAAUUUUCAAAAUAGGUUCGGAAUAAUUUAACUUAAAAUUGAUAAAUAGGAGAAUAUUCCAAGAUUUUGUGCUAAAAUUCGAUUAUCACAAAGAGCUUGUGAGAAAUAUACAAAUUUCAAAUACGAGGAUAUAAGAAGUGUAAAAAUGACAUCGGUUGAUUCCAGCAAAGUAGCUGAUGUUGAAGUUAAAAAUGAGAAUGAUAUAUCAACAUCAGAAGUAAUGCAGACAGAUAAUGAUCAAAGUUCAAAUACCUCAACUAUUGCAAAAGUUGAAGAGGAAACUGUGGUUACUUCAGAAAUAUCCACUUGUAAUAAAGCAUUAUACUCUUUCUGCAAAGAAAAAAGUAUAGUGAAUGCUCUAACUGUUGGAGAAGUGGGUACUCUCGAAGUUCAUGCCGUACUAAAGAAUAACACAUACGGUAUUACAUUAUUGCCUAAUAAUGCAGAACAUCAAUUUGAUAAAGUAAUGGCCUCAUUAGCUGCAGUCCCGGAAGAUUUUGAACGUACAAUAAAUAAUCUAAAUAUAGAAGAUAUGUUCUAUGGUCAACAAGCGGACAAAGAGUGGGUUAGAGGAUAUAUUGUAUCUGAGCUACCAUUCUUAAAAAUUGCUAAUAUAGACGAAGCUAAAGUAGAGACAAUUAAAAAUAUUACUACAUGCGAACAAAUCGCUUUAGAUACUUAUGCAUUUAGUGCACUAUGUGAAAUAACUGAUGAUAGGCAUAAAUUGGAAGAUGGUGAUAUAUGUGAGUAUGAAGUACUAGGCCGAACACAUAUUAAGGAACAAGACGGAUAUGAAAUAUUAAUUUAUACAGAUGAUUCUAAGAUAAAAGCUACUGUAAAGCCUUGGAUUCCAACCCUUCAACAAUUGGGAACACAGUGUGCUGAAGUGAAUAAUGAAACUGAGGUAUGCGUUACUGGUUAUCGAGAUCAUAUACAUAUGUACGUUCGUCCCAUAAAUACUGUAGGUUUGGAACAUUAUAACCAUGUUAUGCAAACUAUUGCGAAAUGCGCUGAAACAUCUCCAUUUUUAAGAAAACCACCAAAUGUUGGGGAUGCGGUAAUAGUUCAGUCUGCUGACGAAAAUUAUUAUCGUGCAUUUGUUACUAGGGUACAAGAUGAUAGAAUUACAAUUUUAUAUCUUGAUCUUGGUAGAAAAGAAGUUAUUACAGAUAUGAAGAAACUUAAGAUUUUACCUGAUAAUUUGAAGAAGGUCCGCUUUUCUAUGACAAAGCUCUUACUAAAAGAUGUCCCUAGAGAUAUUCCUCUGAUAAAAGAAGUAGAUGAUUAUCUGGCUCACAUAGUAGCAAGUAAAGUUCCCCUGUUAUGUACAUAUGAUGGUAUACCUUCCCUAGAUGGUGUAUAUCUGAAAUUUCAUGAUGGAGAAACCCUUAAUAAUAUGAUAUGUAAAUGUAUCGAGUCGACUUUUGAGGAACUUUCUGAGUAAAUAGAAGAAUGAAUCUCAGAAUCAGUUGCUUCGGAUAGCUGUAUUAAAACAAAAAUUAUUGAGCGUGAACUUGUAUCUGUGUCGUCUAUAAUGUGUAAUUACCAUUGGUUAAAGACAAAUUAAUUGGUGAAUGUUGAAUAUCAGAUCGGGUAAAAAAAAGAAACA